AUGGGCAUCCACUUUCUUGCCGGCACCCGAUACCUACUCGGCAACGAACGCAUCGCUCGCGUCGCUGCCUUCACCCGCGGCGUGAGUCCCUCGCUGCCGCCGCUGGACACGCUGGACGCCGCCCUACAAGCAGAAUCUGGUCUCCAGGGCAGCGUGCAGAUCGCCUUGAGCUCUCCACUGCCAGGCUCGGGAUGGACGGUGGUGGGCGAGCACGGCUAUAUUACCGUUACCGACGUCAGCGUCACGUCGAAGAUCCGUGGCUGCGAAGAGACCAAGGAGUUCACGGCCGAUCUUCUCGCCGUGCCGUCGGAGGUGCGUGCCUGGGGCGAGGCCUUGGCCAAGGGAGCGCCGAACGCCCAGCAAAGGCCAGAGCAGGGGCUGGCAGAUUUGGAACUGGUGAGUCUCUCGAGAUUCCCGCCUGAAGAAUACUCACCAAUGAGAUCUAGGUCGAGGCGAUGCUACGGAGUGCAGCUCAACAGGGGCAGCCGCAGUCCACGAAGCAUCAGGUGGAGGGAUGAGUGUCUCCGGAAUCCUAGUUCGUUGGACUUUGUAAUUGAUCUCAUCUAA